CAUUUGCAAGCCUUGCAGCCCCGAUUGCAAGCCGCCGGGGGCCCGUGACAUGGAAUUUCGCCCGGCCUCCCGCGGGCAUCGACGACUCUUUCGUAGGACCGGCAGCUGCGACUGAGAAGCGAGCAGGGAAGGCUACACUAGAGGCCGUCGUCUUGAUUUUGGACUCGAGAAUUUCACUCGUUCGCUCCAUCAUCAUCAUCGUCGCCGUCUCCGGUUUUGUCCGCCUCUGAUGGGCAUCGUGGUGCCUCCCUUGGCGCUGGGGAGUCUGCAACUCCUCAGCAGCAGCUCGCUCGUCUGCAGUCAUCGAGAAGCAGAGGCUGCGGGAGGGUCGAGCCCCGUCAAUUUUGCGCUCGGUGCAGCGCGCGUGGGGCCGAUGAUCGAAGGACCGAACUCGAGAUGCGGAGUGUGGGGUGUGCAUGCCGGUGGGAGAGGUCGGUGUCGGGGGGCGAGCGUUUGUUGUCACGCGCAACCGCAGCAGCAGCAGAGUCCGGACGGGGGAGAGACAGUGGGAGAGGUCGAGGGUGUCGUUGACGGGAUGCGAAAACUUCUGGCCAGCGAGGAAAUAGAUCUUGCGACCCAAGCCGCUCGUGAUUUGGUUUCUUCUCUGGAUCGGCAAGGGCGAGUGGCUCUUCUGUCAGCGUUCUACAGCUGCGGGUCCGAUGAGCACUCCGAUGCACAUUUUAAAGAAGCCGAUGUGAAUUUGGACGGAAUGUUGGACGCGAAGGAAUUCGCGACGUAUGCCGAGGCGCAGGCUAUGAAAUAUGGCCACUCUACGAAGCCACUGUCGACAAAGCAAAUGGUUCAGCUUUUCACCAGGGCGGCAAUCGGGAUGGUUGGAUUCGGAUUCACAGACAAUGCAAUUAUGAUCAUAGCAGGAGAUGCUAUCCAGAAUUCCAUCGGUGCAACCCUAGGCCUCACCACUCUCUUAUCGGCAGGUUUGGGCAAUGCCGUGGCGGAUCUUAUCGGAACUGCUUUCCGUGGGUAUAUCGAGCGUUGGUCAGGAAAGAUGAUGCCGGAUGCUGUUCCAAUAUCUGCUCAUCAAAUGGAGCAGAAGGAGGCAUGGUGGGCUGAGACGGUGGGAGCGUCGUCUGGAGUCACCGUCGGAUGUCUUUUAGGCCUCGCACCACUCUUCCUCCUCAAUCACAACAACAACAGUCGCAAGAACGAGGAUCGACCCAUCGAUUCCGGAGCGAACAUCGAUGCGAAAUUCGCCUCCAUUUCCAGUUCUACAACUUCCUCGUUCUUGAUCCCACAAGUUGAUGCUGCCCAGGUCGAUCGACAAUGUCUCGAGACCACGGCUCCGCUGACUCAUGUAACCACCAGCAUUCGGCCGGUGCAUACUCCAGCUCGUCAAUCCUUCCACUCGACAGUUUGGGGAACGCCGUUGCUGCUGUCUAUAGUCGUGGUCAUGGCUCUGAGACGAGUAGUAAACUACAGAAAGAUUUUCGGGCCGAAGAAAAGGAACUAAUGUGAAUAGACAGUGUAAGAUUUUGUUGCUCUGUAUGUAGAUCUUCUUCUCUACUAAUUUGACGACAUUGCUAGUGGCUCCGCCUCAUAGAUAUUGGUCUGGAGACUCGUGUAGCGGUGCCGCGGUUGCGGCUGUGAAUGAUAGGAAUUACAGACUCUUGACUUAAGUAUAUGUAGAGUAAUUCGCACAGAUUUAGUCAGUUGGCCUUCGAAAGUUGUUGCCCGGGUCCGAGGGCUUACGAUCCUUCUAUCGUUAGGAAUGGAAUCAGUGAUGUGAAAUGGGCUUGUUCUCGAUUGGAGACAGAGCUCCUUUCUUCUUUCUUUCUGAUCUUCACAUAAAGCUCCGAUUCAGUUCCUCC